AUGAAUUUGAUUAAAACUGCCCGUGAACUUUUACUAUCAAUUUUCUCAAGAAUUACUGGAAUAAAGAUACUUGUUAUGGAUCAAGAAACAAUACAGAUCAUUUCACUUAUAAUUAGCCAAAGUGAUCUUUUAGAAAAAGAAUUUUUUUUAAGUGAAUUAAUAGAUAAUCCUGGAAGAACUAAAUUAUCUCAUUUUAAUGGUGUUUAUUUUCUAAGACCAAAUAAUGAAAAUAUAUCCAUAAUUUGUAAUGAACUAGAAAAUCCUUUAUUCAAAGAUUAUUACAUUUUUUUUACUAAUACUAUAUCACCAAAUAUAUUACAGAAAUUUGCUAUGAAUGAUCAUUUCGAUGUAAUAAGAAAAAUACAGGAAAUAAGACUUGAUAUUGAAAUUGUAAAUAAAGAUCUUUUUUCUCUUAAUAUGAAUUAUUCAGCAACAAUGUAUAAUCUACCUACUAAUUGGACAACUUAUGAAGAAACUUUAUUUUCUCGUAUAAUUGAUGGUUUAUAUUCUAUUUGCUGUAUUUAUAAUAAAAUUCCAUAUAUUAGAUAUCCUGAGAAAUCUGCUCUAUGUCGUAAUAUUUCAUUUGCAUUAGAAAGACGUUUAUUAGAUUCUCAUCCAAUAGAUUUAAUAAUUGCAGAUGAAUUUUCAAUUCAUGAAAAAUCUAUUUCUACUGAUACAAUUAUGUUAAUACUUGAUAGAAGAAAUGAUCCAGUAACCCCAUUAUUAACACAAUGGACAUAUCAAGCAAUGUUACACGAGUUAUUAGGAAUAACUUUAAAUAAAAUAAAAAUUGAUGAAAAUGAUAUUAUAGUAUCUGGAUAUCAAGAUCCAUUUUUUGAAAAACAUUUAUUAACUAAUUUUGGUGAACUUGGUUUUUCUAUUAGAAAUCUUAUAAGUAGUUAUGAAGAAAAUACAAAAAAAAAAUUUCAAUUGGAAUCUAUUGAAGAUAUGCAUAGAUUUGCUGAAAUGUAUCCAGAAUUUAAAAAAAAUUCAAGUAAUGUAUAUAAACAUGUUACACUUGUAUAUGAAUUAUCUAAGAUUAUAGAAAAUAGAAAACUUAUGGAUAUUUCAUUAACUGAACAGGAUAUUGUAAUGAAUGAUAAUAUUAGUGAACAUACAAGACAAGUUGGAGAACUAAUUACUGAUACAAAUAUAUCAUCUUUAGAUAAACUAAGACUUGUUAUGCUAUAUGCUUUAAGAUAUCAAGAUAAUGAAUUAUUAUUAAAUAAUUUCAAGUAUUAUCUACAAUCAGAUUCUAAGUAUGUAGAUGGUAUAAUUGAUAUUGCUAAUAAAAAUAUUCGAUCUUAUGACUUAUUUCAUAAUCGUACAUUAUUAAGUAUGGCUAAGAGUACUAUUCAAAGAUCAAAUAAUAAUUCAAAUAUAUAUUUGCAGCAUAAAACUCUUUUGUAUUAUACUUUAGAACAAUUAGUAAAAGGAAAAUUAAAGUUAUCUUCAUUUCCUUGUACAAAUGAUAAUAUACCAAAUAAAAAACCUACUGACAUUAUUAUAUUUAUUGUAGGAGGAGCUACAUAUGAAGAGGCUAGAGAUAUUGAAAUUAUUAAAAAGCUUUACGAUAUUCGGAUUAUAUUAGGUGGUACAACCUUUCAUAAUUCAAAAUCAUUUAUUUCAGAUUUAGAACUUGCAAUUAGUAAUAAAUAA